UGCUGAUUACUACAUUAUAUAGUUAUAUUUCUAUAUUUAGAAAUUGUCAGCAGCCAGCUGAAUUUAUUGUUUCUCUUUCUUUAAAUAAAGACAUUUCCAUUGUAAAUUGUAGCAGAAAAUUUCACCAGAAUGCAGGAAUGUGUUUAAUGCUUCAGUCUUAUGGGGAGGGCCCCAGACCCCCGCUCUUAUAUUUCAGCAUUUCAUAUUUCUUUAAAAUAUUGUUAAAAAUCUUUUAAAAAGUCUUAUUCUCAUGCAUCAUCACACCCAUAAUCAGAGCCCCUAUGUCCCCACCACUUUAGUAGGCCUACUUUAAUAUUUGCUAAAAAGAGAGAGGAGAGAAGACAGACUUGAGAGCAGGUGUUAGUGUCAGAGUGAAGCGUUUUUAUGCAUUUCACUAAUCCAGGUGUCAGAAUUCAAGAGUCUAAGAGGCCGAUCCAGAGCUUUUCACACUUAUCAGUUAGCAGUGCUACAACACAAGCAGGCUGAGGCUGACAAAACACAGUAGUACAGUAAAGAAAUAAUUGGUAUUUGAUCAAUUUACUUUAGUCAAUACCGAUUCUCGAGACAUCUCAGCCAAAAAGACUGACAGUGAGGAAGUUUACCAGGAGAGGAUGAGGCUGCAGGACUUAUGGGUUAUGGCCUAAAACACAGAAAAGUUUCAAUAUUGUGUCCUUUAAAAUAGUAGUUUAUGUAUUUAUUAUUAUUGUACUACUCAGUGUAUUAUUGUUGUUAUUUGGUAUAAUAAUAAUUCAUAUUUAUCAGAAUAUGUUUUAUUACCAAGUAGGUUUUCACUGUUUGCCAAUUUGCCUUAGUGUUUGAUACAUAGGCUACAAUAAAAUGAGAAAUAAAAUAAGAGGAAAUAAAAGAGGAAAUAAAAAGUAAGGCAAAGCUAUACCACAACAGUCAAAGACUGAAAGUAGGGAGUUUGACUGGGGCAGUAGGCCUACACCUGUCACCCAGUAACGCAGGUGUCCUAUAAGGACAAUUUAAGGCGACCUCAGGGAGGACAGAAACCUCCUACUAUAUACACAGUGAUUAACGAGCAGGGAUGGGAGCAACACAGGUGACAGGGAUCAGGUUAACGAGGCAUGCAGAGAGACGGCAGGGAAAACCGAGACAGGCAGGCAGGCAAAGACAACAGGGGGGAACAGAAAGGCAGGGAGGCAGAGGGACAGCAUGGGGGAACAGAGCAACACACAGAUGCAAAACACAAGACCAUACAUUAAUUGGAACUCAAAGUAUUUAGUGGACAAGCAGGCAGAGGAAUUACUGGGGGAACAGACACAAGCAAACAGAUCACAAAUAAACUAACACCAACAAGGAACACUGACCGGGAGUAACACUAAGACAAGAAACCAAAACCCUGAGAAACCAAAAUCAAAACACAGAGUAAACUAGACACAAGACAACAGACAGGACUGAAACCCAAAACACUGACUAAAUGACAGAUACCUAAAGAAUAAACUCACAGAGAACUAAACUGAACAGAUGACAGGACUAACAUGCAGAUAAAAAAUCAAACCCAAAAACAUAGCACACAGGACAGGAUCAUGACAAGGGCAGAUAAUACUGUAGAUAAAUCACCACUCAGUGGUGAUUCCUUUAAGAUCUGCACAAUAUCACUCAAGUUGUAGGCUAUAGCCAAAUAUUAACUGAAGUUGUUUCCAGAUAACAAGGCCAUUUUCAAGGUAGCCUAAUCCUAUUAAUAGCACAAACGUGGCACAUCUGUUGCUACAUGACGGUUGACCUCCAGAGCAAAGCAAACCUAUCUCAUCACAGACAUCCGGCUGAAAUGGUCUCUCCAUCACCCAUCUUCAGUUGACGAUAAGCAUCCUUUAAAAAAACAGUUUUGUGCAUGUUUUAAAAAUUACAGUGGCUCACUGAGAAACAGCUAGUUACACAUUCUUCCCUGUCUGAUCGCGUGUUUUAAGUUUGAGGUAAAAUAAUUGAGCUUUGACCAAUGUCUGAAUAGUGUUUCACUUUAUUUAGAAGACAGUUUGAGUUCUUCAUGACCUCCACCUGAGAGAAGUUUGGUGCUGUUCGUUUUGCUGUUUGCUGUUUUGUUCUUUUGGCCUUUUUCUUUAUAGACAUUUUUGAGGAGAAGUAGAGAGGGACGUUUUUGUCACCGGUUAGUAUAGUAUUCUUAGCAGCUAUUAACUUUGUGCAUUUAUGAUAUUGAUAACUCAAAUUAGAUUUGCUCAGCUUGAAUUCUAUCGAUAGAGAGUUCUGAACGUCGACUGUCACAGCCUGUCAUCUAAAGAUUAGGAGCAUCUGUCUGUCCAACUCCAAACAACCGAUAACUGACAGAUCCGAACACCUAAGAACGGGCAACCGGAGAGAGAUCCAUAUAUAUAUAAAUACAGUUUAAUUACAAGCAAACGCUGUUAAAACACAGAGCAGAAAUGACAGCCCUAACCAGCUGGGAGCUGUGCAUCAAGUACGCCUUUAUCAUCUUUAAUUUCGUCUUGUCGGUGGCAGGUACUGGAAUGCUGUUUGUGGGCCUUUGGCUGCGUCUUGACUGCAGGACAGCAGGGCUGUUUAAAGCAGAGGACUCCCCUACAGUCUUCUUAACUAGUGUGUAUUUCCUAAUUGUGUCAGGGGCUGUAAUAAUGGUCGUGGGCUUUCUCGGAUGCUGCGGAGCCAUUAAAGAGUCGCCAUGCAUGCUGGGAUUGUUCUUCCUCUUCCUGCUCAUCAUCUUUUCUUUGGAAGUGUCUGCUGGGAUCUGGGGCUUCUCCAACAAGGACAGGGUGGUGGAGGAUGUUAAGAAAUUCUAUAAUGAGACUUACAAUAACUACCAAACCACCAAACAGGAAGCACUGAAGAAAACCCUGUUUGUCAUCCACUUUGGACUCAACUGCUGCGGCCACACAGGGAUGCAGAAAGAUGCUGUUGAAGAUAUCUGCCCCAAGAAGACGGGACUGGAGAGCUGUCCGGACGCCAUCGCCAAGAUGUUCAACAACAAACUGCACGUCAUCUGCGGGGUCAGCCUCGGUAUCGGUGUAAUCAUGAUCUUUGGGAUGGUCUUCAGCAUUAUGCUCUGCUGCGCCAUUGUGAGGUCCAGGGACUGAACAAACACAAAACCCCGUCCAUCCAUCUUUAGCUUAAGUGCGCUCACUUUUAAAUCCUCUGCUUUAGAGUUUAAAUCAUUUUAAUAAUCGUAACGGGCAUCAGUUAGUUUGGAUCCAUAGAGGAUGGUCGUGUUGAUCAGUCCUAUUAACUUAGUUUUUUCUUUUUAUCACCUCCUUAUUGUUGGAUAACACUGACUUUUAAAUUUUGUUUACAUGUUAGAAGCUUUUGAUUUUUAUGAAAGAUGGACUGGACUUUCAUGUAAAUAUUUUGAUGAGUGCAGUUGAAAUAUAUUGUGUGACAAACACAUUGACUAAUAAAGAAUGGGUUUUGAAAAAAA